UGUGCACGUUACGAACGAGAAGCGUCGGUCGCGAAAAUAUUAAUUGCUUUUUUUUCCAAACUCUCUAUCUCUCUCGAUCUAUCUAUCAAUCUAACUAAGUAAUUAAGCGACAUGGUUGUUUCCGUCAAGGUGUUUAAGAAGGCCACGCCAAACGGCAAGGUAACCUUCUAUUUGGGACGUCGUGAUUUCAUUGAUCACUUGGAUUAUUGUGAUCCUGUUGAUGGUGUUAUCGUUGUGGAGCCGGAAUAUUUGAAAAAUCGUAAAGUAUUUGGCCAAUUGGCCACCACCUAUCGCUAUGGACGGGAAGAGGAUGAGGUUAUGGGUGUUAAAUUCUCAAAGGAAUUGAUACUAUCACGUGAGCAAAUUGUACCCAUGACCAAUCCGAAUAUGGAAAUGACUCCAAUGCAAGAGAAACUUGUACGCAAAUUGGGUAGCCAUGCCCAUCCAUUCACUUUCCAUUUCCCACCCAAUUCCCCCAGCUCGGUGACAUUGCAGCAGGAGGGUGAUGAUAUGGGCAAGCCCUUGGGUGUGGAAUACACCAUUCGUGCCUUCGUUGCCGAUUCGGAGGAUGAUCGUCAGCAUAAGAGGAGCAUGGUCAGCUUGGUAAUCAAGAAACUGCAAUAUGCUCCAUUGAAUCGUGGACAACGUUUGCCCAGCUCGCUGGUCAGCAAAGGUUUCACCUUCUCCAAUGGCAAAAUCAGCCUGGAGGUAACAUUGGAUCGUGAGAUUUACUAUCAUGGCGAGAAAGUGGCUGCCACAGUGCAAGUAUCGAACAAUUCCAAGAAAUCGGUGAAGAGCAUCAAAUGCUUCAUUGUCCAGCAUACCGAGAUCACAAUGGUGAAUGCUCAGUUCAGCAAGCAUGUGGCUCAAUUGGAGACCAAAGAGGGUUGCCCCAUUACACCAGGAGCAAAUCUAACCAAGACCUUUUAUCUAAUUCCCCUGGCAGCCAAUAACAAGGAUCGUCAUGGCAUUGCUCUGGAUGGCCAUUUGAAGGAUGAGGAUGUCAAUUUGGCUUCCUCAACCAUGGUCCAAGAGGGCAAAUCGACUGGCGAUGCUUGCGGUAUUGUCAUUUCGUAUUCGGUGCGCAUUAAAUUGAACUGCGGCACUCUGGGCGGUGAAAUGCAAACGGAUGUGCCAUUCAAGCUCUUGCAACCGGCACCUGGCACCAUUGAGAAGAAACGUUCGAAUGCCAUGAAGAAGAUGAAGUCAAUUGAGCAGCAUCGCAACGUCAAAGGCUAUUAUCAGGAUGAUGAUGACAAUAUUGUAUUCGAGGACUUUGCCAAGAUGCGCAUGAACAAUGUCAAUAUGGAUGAUUAGAAUCAAGAAAAAAAAAAAAGUUGACCAAAGGAAAAUGAAAUGGCUUGGAAUGAUAUAAACGGGAUGAAUUGUUGUGAAAAAAAAACGCAUCGAAAGCACUGAAAACUUUGUUGCAGCAGUCUCUCUUUCUUACACACACUUUGGAGGCCAACAUCUUUGUAUUAUAUAAAAUAUAUAUAUAUAUAUAUAUAUAUCGUAUAUCGUAAUCGUAAUAAUGCUCUCUAUACAACAAACAAAAAAAAUAACUCAAACUUUAGUGGAUCUGGAGUUUAUCUAUAUGUUUUAUGUGUAUGUUGAAACCAUGUUGAAAACGCAGAUCUCGUGUCUGAAAACUUCUAUAUUAUAAAUGUGUUAUGACUAUCUGAAACUUA